GACUCUUUGCCAGUUGGUGGUAAGGUAUUCAUUGCGGUAACAGCACCUAUAUGGAUUCCACUUGGCAUAAUUGCUUCCUUGAUUGCCAUCCCGGUUGCUUUUGGAGUAUUUAUGAAUGAUAAAAGUAAUUUGGACGACUUCCGGAAAGACAGAUCACCGUUUAUGGAGAAGUGGUUAAAGGAAUCUUUGAAAGAAUUCUUGAAAAGGAAAUCAAUUGAAAAAACUGUGCAUGAAAAUUAUGUUUUAAUCUUAACGAAACGAAUAGAUCAAUUGAGUGCCCGUAUUGUUUCAAAAUCAGUGCAAGCAGACAUGGUACAUCUGGAGUCCAUUUUGAAAGACAGGCGUGAAUCACGCGAGAUCGUUGAGGAUUUUACGGAUAUAAAGACCACCGUUCAAGAUCAUAUUGCGUCAUUGAGAUUGUUCGAGCUACAAUAUCUUGCCAGCGAUAAAGUUAACUGUGUUGACAUAACUCGUGUUAAAGAAAUCGGUACCGGACAUUUCUCAGACGUUUAUGCAGCUAAAUAUUUGCAGGAGGACGUAGCACUGAAAGUUAUUAAAAGAUCAUCCGCUACGAUGUUUACACAUUUGGUCGAGUUAGAAAUAUUCAGGAGGUUAGAUCACAAGCACAUUGUGAAAUUUAAGGGAGCAUGUUACACUGACAUGUUGCCAGCUGUGGUUGGAGGCGGAAAGCGGGAGAAGCUGAGCAACUUCCGGUUGAUGUUCCUGUUCGAACAAUGUGACACCAACUUGGAAGAUUAUGUAUUUAAUAAUGACAAACUCCAGUGUGGAAAUAAACCACCAAAAUCCAGAGGUCAAGCAUUCGAGUUCUUUGGCCGAACAGGAAAGGCUGUUUGCUCUGCUAUGUUGUUCAUUCAUGGGGAAGGCUAUGCGCAUAGGAAAAUGCACCUGAGAGGCGUUUUGUUACACAGCGGAACAGUGAAGCUUUGUGGACCGACCUGUAGGCCGGAUACGAACAUAAAUGAUGGGUCUAGGAUUUUGGCUCCGGAAGUUGUGGUACAAGGAAACAUUGGUCAACACACGGAUAUAUUCGAUUUUGGAAUACUGCUGUGGGAACUUUGGUAUGGAAGACGGGCAGCUAUAGAUUUGAAAAAGAUUCGACUCAUAACCAGCAGACAGCAUCCUGAUUGCAAUGCCGAGCACGCAAUGCCAGAGGCUCUGGCACGUGUUGUAGAGAGUUGUUGGGCGCUAAACCCAAAUGAUAGACCUGGUGCCGGUCUGCUGUUGGACAAAAUGUAUUCGAUUAUGUAACAAAUGGAUGCUUUAAAGCUGCUAUUUAUGGUUUAAUGUAACGCACUGAUGCGUUAUAGCAGCAAUUGAUAAAAACCUAAAUUAUAUCUGUUUCUCAUUUAAAAUACCAUGCCACAAAAAUUGUCCCGGAUUGAUACUUCGACACUGAUAACCAAACAUAACUUUGUUUAUAAAAAGUGGAAAAAUACAUGGUCAGUUGAAAUGAGUUAAUGUUAUUAUUAAUAGCGGCUUAUGGGCACAGAUCAGACUGUGUGUUUCAUUAUAUGUUUAUGUUUAUAAAACUCGUAAAUGUACGUCAUUUGGAUAUGGCUACGCUUAGAGUUUUUGCUAUAUGAAGUAGAUGCCAAUGUUUUUCAUUUAAAAGUAUAGACUGUAUAUACAUUAAUAUUUUUAUACUGAAUAGUAUAUGUUAAUUUAAGAUUCAUCAAUGAUGCAAAAAAAACUACAAAACAAUACUAUGCAUACAGUGUUAACAAAAAAACAUUCGUAAGAACGUACAUUUUCGUUGAACGUAUAUAAGAAUGGUAAUGCACACAUUUUCAAUGUUGUGUUGUAUUGCAAGUGUACAUGAACAAUAACGACAACCAGCAUAGAUACAUAGAAAUUAGAAAGAAACAUUUAAUACUUGUUCAGUAUACUGCAUCUGCUUACUUUGUUUUCUUUUAAAGGGAACACUAAAAACAAACACAUACGUGUUCUGAUUUAUAACAAGUAUUAACAAGAUAUGUGUCGAUCCGGUAUGGUGUCCCCUGAUUCUAAUUUCUUCUAACAACUCCACAUACUUUAAAAAUAUAUGUGGCUUAAUUGUUAGAACUACAUGUUACAUACUUAGUUAUUUUCUGAUAAGUUCAUGAUCUGAAGUGACGGCGAUAAAUGACCUGUGUAUGUUUUAUAAUUAAUUAUGGGAUUCACGAGAUCCGUCACUGCUCUUAAUAUAUUUUUUCAAGGCAUGGUUUGGUUCACUUGUGUGCUUUAUUUGGUUUUAAUCACAUUGUUAUCAAUUGUAUAUGCAGCAUAUCACAUGACAUAAAUACACGACUGGAGGAAGGUAUAAGAUUUGUAUAAUAAUUCCUAUAUUUUUACUCUACAGAUGUGUGCAUAUUUGAUCUGUUUAUCUUGCAAAAUCAUCCUGGUCUCAUUUCCUUCCAUAAGUAACCAAAACAAAAUGAAACUCGUAGGGUAGAAAUAUAUUGUAUCUCUUUGUUGUUACCCACGUGACUUUUAAGAUGAAUACCAUGUUUUGUUAUUCGGCCCUUGUUAUAACAAUAUUCUGAAAAAUUAUAUAAAAUAUAAUUAUUUCAAGCAACCGUCAGUAUAUUUACUCCAAAGCAUUGUGAGAUCAUGUACAAAACCAGAAGACAGUAAGUUACCUGUUUUUGUGACAGAAGCUUUUUAAAUCAGAAUAUCCAUAUUAUAUAUUGUUCAAAGUAUGACUAGCAGAAUUGUUAUUUUACGCAGGUUCUUGGUUUUUUGAUGGUUUAUUUUUUAUGUUUAUUAUCCUCACAUAAUCAGUGAGCUAAUGUGUCACUAAUUAUAAUUAUUAUUUCACUAAUCAAUAUGGUAUUUCUUAGAUAUUCCAUUUCUCAUAUUCAUUAUACACAACAAACAUUAUUUUUGUAUUUUUUAUAUAUGUAAAAUUUUUCUCAUUUUUUAAUUUGCUGUGAUGUUUAAUCUUUCUUAAAUAUGUGUGAUUUGUCUAACUAGUAUUAUAAGCUUAAUUAUCCACAUGGCAUACGUAAGUUAAUCUUGUUCAUAAAUUGCUCAAUUAAAAUAUGAGGCUCUAUUUCAUAUACUUGGACACGAUGAAAUGUUUGUAUUUUAAUUAUAGAAUUGCACUUUGGUUAAAAAUGUUAAAAACUGUUAUCGAUAGCAACUAUCAAUAACAGUUCAAAAAUGUUUAACAAAGUGCAUUACUACAUAGAAAAUUAUUUAGAAUUGUUAAAGACAUGUACCCAACAGUCAAUCUUGUGGUAAGGUAUGCUCCUCUUAUUCUGAAUAGUUCAGUUUCUUUAUUGGGUUACAACAAAGGGUUGUGGUGUAAGCUAUUUUGGUUUCGUUCUUUGUUUGAGCUUUUGAGCUUUAUUUACAGUGUAAACUAGGUGCAGGCUUAUAUAUAAAUGAUAUAACUUUGCUUUUGUUGAACUAAAGGUAAAAUUUCUAAAGAAA